AUGAGUAUUUAAUAAUCAAGUGAUCAACAAGUUGAGAUCAUAAUUAAUGAAGCUAAAAAAGGAUAUGUUGGUUUUUAUUAAAACAUAGAUUGCUUAGAUUAAUCGCUUGAGCUUUUUGAAUCUGUAGUCUUACAAAAUGACCAAUAAGAGAAGUAUCCUUUCUCUUCAUUCGGAGCAAUCAUGAAUGAAUAAGAUUAAAUUUUAACAGUUUGCUGCUUUAUCAGCAAGAAUCAGGUUUUAGCAAGUAGUCAUAGUUUAGUAAAAUACAUUGAAAAAGGCAAUUAAGAAGUGUGUCAAAAGUUAAAAUUCGUUAGCUUUUAUAAUAAAGAGUACAGUUGUCCUCUUGUUGGUAUAAAAUACAAUUAGCUCUUCGAAAGUGUUGAUAAAAACUAGGAAUAUGAUUUGGCAAUUAUAUAAAUAGCAGAAGAUUUUGGAAACAAAUUAGGUUAUUUAGGAAUUUUAGCAAAUGCGAAAAGUGAUGAUUUUGAUAUUCAAACAGCCUCUAAUCCUAUAAUAUUAUUAGGGCUUAAUUCCAAUGAAAUGAUAGAAUAUUAAACAACAUUAGCUAUGGAUGUCACAUAUAAUUAUUUGACAGUAUUUAAUGUCAUAAAUUAUGACAAUAUUGCAUUUGUAAAUGAUUAUUAAUAUGGCUACUGCGUUAUAGGUGUUUCAUCUAAGUCAACACAAAGGUAGACUAUAAUAAACUGCAUAAAUCACGAAAAAAUCGAUUUGCUCCAUGAGUGGAUCACAACUACUUCUUCAAACUCUCUUCCUAUUUCAAAGGCACGCAAAUAUUUGGAGAAUAAGGGAAAGCUCCAAUCAAAGCUAAUUGUGGGUAUUGAAAGGGAAGAAACUGAAUAAGAUAAGGCUCAUAGCUCUGGCAUUAAAAGUAUUGUUAGGAUUAAUAAUAAUUGCUUUGGGAGCGUGUGUGAACAUGGAUUAGUAAAAGUGUGGAACUGGAAAAGUGGGGAAAUGCUGCAGACUAUGCAAAUAGAUGAGAAUGAUGAGGCGAAAUAGAUGCUUAAAGAAGUUUUUGUUUUAUAAAUAAAUGGAGAAUUUUUAAUUUGUUUGGCCAAAUCAGGAUUUCUUUACUUUAAUUGGCUUACUCAUAAGUUAGAAAAGAAGAUAGAUCAUCCUCUUAAGGCUAAAGGCGAAUAUGAUGAAGCCACUACUCAAUUUACUUCAAUUUGCUGCUUAAGCAAUGAUGUAGAUAUACUUAUCGGGUGCAAUAAUGGACUAGUUUAUAAAUAUAGCUUUACACAAGAAGAUAAACAGUACAUCUUGAAGGAAGUACUCUUCGAUUUCUCCUAGACUAGCUAAGGUUCAGGAGUAACAUGCAUACUGUAAAUUUUGUAGGAAGAUAUAGUUAUUGGGUUAAACAAUGGUAAUGUUUAUUAUGCGAGGGGGAAGAGCGUCAUAAGUUCGAUAGACUUAUGCAGCGGUUUAGAUCAGCCAAUAUUAAAGCUAAUAUAUUUUGAGGAAUAUUCUUUGAUUGUAAGCGUUGCAGUUGAUAGGUUUUUUGUGUUAAAAAUAGAGGAAUUGCCUAAAGCUGAAGCUUGCAAUAACCAUUAUAAUUCGAUAAAAUCUACUAAAUCUGAUAGUGGGAUUAACAAUGUUCCUGCAGAUAGAAAUAUGAACAAUAACAAUUUUGAUAUUGUGGAUAAAUCGGUAACGAAGCUUAUAAAAAUAAAAGAAAAUAUCACAUAUAAUAAAAUAAAUGCUGUAAAUGCAAUCAAUGAAUUAGAAAUGGGAUUGAGCUGUGAUAGUUCCAUAUGA